AAGUUUCUUUCGGAAAUAGUGCUUCACACUGCUUGUCGGAGUCUUGUUUCUGAAAAUACUCAGCAACAAAAUAAAAGAAUGUCCUCUUGUGUCAUUUCAUAGUCACACUCAGUACACACUCCCAGGUCUCCAAUAUACUCACCUGAAUCUCGCCGGUAUUCUUCUCUAAGGUUGCCGGAGACUCGGCCAGGAACAUUUCGCGCGCUUAGGAUGCAUCUCGCAUUCCAUACUGUGUCGGGUUCUUUCAAGAGGUGGUUAAUUAUUAACCCUUCGCUACUAGUGCUCACCACCGCUACCGGAUGAACUGCUAAAGUACGGCUGCUUGUUGUGACCGCCGCCGCUUCCACCACCCGAGUUGACCGGUUUUUUCGCUCCUACUUUACUUUUCGACGCUAGCAUCCAGGUGAUAUAUUAGCUGUUUAUUGCUGAGAGACUCUGGGUUUGCAAAUAGUUUUUGUGUGAAUAUGGGUCGUCUUAAGCUGCAAUCUUUUGUAAACACCAUUGAAGAAGAACCUGAAGAAUCUGAAGUUACUUCACCAAACAAAGCUGCUUUAUCAUGUAUGAUUAACUCAGAAAUUGGUGCUGUAUUGGCAAUCAUGAGAAGGAAUGUGAGAUGGGGUGGUCGAUACAUGUCAGGAGAUGACCAAUUAGAACAUUCACUUAUCCAGUCUAUGAAAGCAUUGCGUAAGCAAAUCUUUAUGUGGCAGCAGCAGUGGCAUAAUAUUAAUCCUGUUUUGUACCUUCAGCCAUUUUUAGAUGUUAUUCGGUCUGAUGAAACUGGUGCCCCCAUAACUAGUGUUGCUUUGUCAUCUGUUUAUAAGAUCUUUACACUUGAUGUGCUUGAUAUAAACACCACAAAUAUUGAAGAUGCGAUGCAUUUGGUUGUUGAUGCUGUCACCAGUUGUCGGUUUGAGGUGACUGAUCCGGCAUCAGAAGAGGUGGUACUGACAAAGAUUCUUCAAGUUCUACUGGCUUGUAUGGAAAGUAAAGCAUCUGUUGUAUUGAGUAAUCAGCAUGUUUGCACUAUAGUUAAUACUUGCUUCCGGAUAGUUCACCAAGCCACAACAAAAGGUGAAUUGUUGCAUAGAAUGGCAGUGCACACAAUGCGUGAACUUGUCAGGUGUAUCUUCUCACAUCUUCCAGAAGUCGAGAGUAUGGAGCAUUUUGUGGUCAACAGAGGCUCAAUGAAAUCAGAGAUUGGUGGCCUUGAUAACGAAUUCAACUUCUCGGCGAAGCAGUUCAAUAAUGGAAACGGUAGUUCUGAAUAUGAUGGUCAUUUACCCUCAGCUAAUUUUGGGUCCACUGCUACUGUGAGUAGGAGUGCUGGUGUGGUGGAUGAAAAUAGUGGUGGGAGCGAGAUGGAGUCAAGGGCAUAUAAUUUGGAUGUGAUGACGGAGCCAUAUGGAGUACCCUCCAUGUUUGAGAUCUUUCGUUUCCUGUGUUCAUUGCUGAAUGUUGUUGACCACAUUGGAAUCAGUUCUAGAUCUAAUGGCAUGGAAAUUGAUGAGGAUGCACCUCUUUUUGCUUUGGGUCUUAUAAAUUCAGCUAUUGAAUUGGGUGGGGCUUCUUUUCUUAGGCAUCCCAGCUUAUUGGAUUUGAUACAGGAUGAGCUCUUCCACAAUUUGAUGCUUUUUGGUCUGUCACCAAGUCCUCUGAUUCUCUCAAUGGUAUGUAGUAUAGCUCUGAAUCUAUAUCAUCAUUUACGAAUGGACCUUAAACUACAACUUGAAGCUUUCUUUUCUUGCGUGAUCUUAAGACUCGCUCAGAGCAGAUAUGGUGCUUCUUACCAACAGCAAGAGGCUGCAAUGGAGGCCCUUGUAGACUUCUGCAGGCAAAAAACAUUUAUGGUAGAGAUGUAUGCUAACUUAGAUUGUGACAUAACAUGCAGCAAUGUGUUUGAAGAUCUUGCUAACUUGUUGUCAAAGAGUGCCUUUCCUGUUAACUGUCCACUGUCUUCCAUGCACAUUCUUGCCCUUGAUGGGCUAAUAGCUGUUAUUCAGGGGAUGGCUGAAAGGAUUGGCGAUGGAUCUCUUGACUUAGAGCAGGCGCCUGUCAGUCUUGAGGAGUAUGCUCCAUUCUGGAUGGUUAAAUGUAACAAUUAUAGUGAUUCUAAUCACUGGGUUCCAUAUGUCCGGCGUAGGAAAUAUAUCAAGAGAAGAUUGAUGAUUGGUGCUGAUCACUUUAACCGGGAUCCAAAAAAGGGGUUAGAGUUUCUUCAAGGGACACACUUGUUGCCUGAGAAACUUGAUCCACAGAGUGUGGCUUGCUUCUUCAGAUAUACUGCUGGGUUAGAUAAGAAUCUUGUGGGGGACUUUCUAGGGAAUCAUGAUGAAUUUUGUGUUCAAGUUCUUCAUGAGUUUGCUCAGACUUUUGAUUUCCAAGAUAUGAAUCUAGACAUAGCACUGAGACUCUUUUUGGAGACUUUCAGACUUCCUGGAGAGUCACAAAAGAUACAAAGGGUGCUUGAGGCAUUCGCAGAAAGAUACUAUGAGCAAUCUUCACAUAUUUUGGCCAACAAGGAUGCUGCCUUUAUACUGUCAUACUCCCUUAUAAUGCUGAACACGGAUUUGCACAAUGUACAAGUUAAGAAAAAGAUGACUGAAGACGACUUUAUUCGCAAUAAUCGGCGCAUAAAUGGUGGCGAGGAUCUCCCGGGUGAAUAUCUGUUGGAAUUGUACCAUUCUAUCUGCAAAAGUGAGAUACGCACAACACCUGAACAGGGUGCUGGUUUUGCGGAGAUGAAUCCCAGCAGGUGGAUUGAUCUAAUGCACAAAUGCAAGAAGACUGCACCAUAUAUUGUACCAGAUUCCAGGGCCUAUCUUGAUCAUGAUAUGUUCUCCAUAAUGUCUGGUCCAAUGAUUGCUGCCAUAUCUGUUGUAUUUGAUCAUGCAGAGCAUGAAGAAGUCUACCGAACUUGCAUUGAUGGCUUCUUAGCCAUCGCAAAGAUAUCAGCUUGCCACCAUCUUGAAGAUGUUCUUGAUGAUUUGGUUGUUUCUCUUUGCAAGUUCACUACUCUUUUGAAUCCAUCUUCAGUUGAAGAACCUGUUUUGGCAUUUGGUGAUGACAUGAAAGCAAGGAUGGCUACUGUUACGGUCUUCACCAUUGCAAAUCGCUAUGGUAACUAUAUUCGCUCAGGAUGGAGAAAUAUCCUGGACUGUAUCUUAAGGUUGCACAAGCUUGGUCUUCUUCCUGCUCGUGUUGCCAGUGACGCUGCAGAUGAGUCAGAGCUAUCUUCCGAUCCUGGGAAAGGGAAGCCCUUUAUGAACUCAUUAUCUGCAUCUCAUUUGCCAUCCAUGGGUACUCCUAGAAGGUCUUCCGGACUGAUGGGCCGGUUCAGCCAACUCUUAUCUUUAGAGACAGAGGAACCAAGGUCACACCCCACUGAUCAACAACUUGCUGCUCAUCAGCGUACGCUUCAGACAAUUCAGAAGUGUCACAUUGACAGUAUCUUUACCGAGAGCAAGUUUCUUCAAGCUGAAUCUUUAUUGCAGCUUGCUCGAGCACUCAUAUGGGCUGCUGGUAGACCUCAGAAAGGGGCUGGUACAUUAGAGGAUGAAGACACUGCAGUUUUCUGCCUUGAAUUAUUGAUUGCAAUUACAUUAAACAAUCGGGAUCGGAUUGUUCUUCUUUGGCAGGGUGUCUAUGAGCAUAUUGCAAAUAUUGUACAGUCCACUGUCAUGCCCUGUGCCUUGGUGGAGAAGGCUGUCUUUGGACUUCUUCGAAUUUGUCAGCGGUUGCUUCCUUUAAAAGAAAACCUAGCUGAUGAGCUGCUUAAAUCUCUGCAGCUGGUGCUGAAGCUUGAUGCUCGAGUCGCUGAUGCAUACUGUGAGCAAAUCACCCAAGAGGUGACUCGCUUGGUCAAAGCAAAUUCCACUCACAUCAGAUCACAAAUGGGUUGGCGCACCAUUACUUCUCUUCUUUCUGUCACUGCCCGACACCCAGAAGCUUCUGAACCAGGAUUUGAUGCUCUGGUUUAUAUGAUGUCUGAAGGGGCUCAUAUGAUGCCUUGUAAUUUCAUUCUAUGUGUAGACACUGCUAGACAAUUUGCGGAGUCUCGUGUUGGACAAUCCGACAGAUCAAUUCGUGCUUUGGAUCUUAUGGCUGGUUCUGUGGGUUGUCUGGUGAAGUGGGUUUGUGAGACUAAGGAUGCUUUGGAGAUGUCUCAGGAUAUUGGGGAGAUGUGGCUGAGACUUGUGCAGGCCCUGAGAAAAGUUUGUUUGGACCAGAGAGAAGAAGUCAGAAACCAUGCUGUUUUAUCUUUGCAAAAGUGCUUGACUGAAAUGGAUGAAGUCCAUCUUGCACACAGUAUCUGGUUGCAGUGUUUUGAUAUGGUUGUAUUCACAAUGCUGGAUGAUUUGCUUGAAAUUUCUCAGGGGCAUUCUCAGAAGGACUAUCGUAAUAUGGAAGGAACACUUACCUUUGCAGUGAAGCUCCUAUCGAAGUUAUUUUUGCAAUUACUCACCCAACUCUCUCAGUUGACAACGUUUUGCAAACUAUGGCUUGGUGUUCUUAGUCGGAUGGAAAAGUACAUGAAGGUCAAAAUAAGAGGAAAGAGGAGUGAGAAGCUCCAGAAUAUAGUGUUAGAACUCCUGAAGAACACACUAGUAGAGAUGAAGAACAGGGGAAUCCUUGCUCAGAGGAGUGCUUUAGGUGGUGAUAGCUUAUGGGAAUUGACAUGGUUACAUGUAAACAAUAUCACUCCAUCAUUGCAGUCUGAAGUAUUUCCAUGUGCAGGAGCUGAUGGAAGUAGUCCUGUUGAACCUGUCAUCACAGAAAGUUGAUAACAAACUGUUUUGAGAGAGCUCAAGUUCUGUCUAACUGCUCAAGUGUGUACUAUGGCUGUAGGAUGGUUUGAUAACAAGUUAUUGUGUCAUGUGUAUUCAAGAUUGGAUUUUCUUGACUAGGAUUCUUGUAUUUCUGCACUUCUGUAAGAUAUAUCAGACUAUCAGUAAGACAAUAGUUAGUGUAUCUAUGUUAUUUGGAUCAACCAGUGAUAGAGGAUAUCUAUCUACUACUCCUCGUUCUUUAUUAUAAAGUGAGACUUGGAGCGUUA